UAUUCCACACCCCCUCUUCAAUUCAAUUACUACUACUACUACUACUACUAUUCAUCUUAUAUAUGUGUAGUAGUCUUUCAUCAUAUGUGUAAUGAACAACCCAAAGUUCCACACCAUGAAGAGUACAGAAUAUACAAUCACAUAUUUCUUUAUUCUUCUGUUGAUUUCAGGGACAAACGAUGCUACAAGAGCAUCAGAUUACCAUUACAUUACCCUUGUAAACCAAUUCUUAGCACCGCAAAAUGCUGCUCGCGCUGUGCUGGGGAUGCCACCGUUGGUGUGGGAUAAAGAAUUAGCCAGUUACGCGCAAAGCUACGCCAAUGAAAGACGUUUCAAUUGCGAUUUGAAGCACUCUAAUGGUCGUUAUGGGGAGAACAUUUUCUGGGGUAGCGGCGAUGACUGGACGCCUGCACAGGCCGUGAUGAGUUGGGUCUCGGAGCGUAGAUGGUACGAUUAUUGGUCUAAUUCUUGUGUUGGUGAUCAGGAUUGUGGACACUAUACUCAGAUCGUUUGGAGAAGUACAAGUAGAGUGGGUUGUGCUAGAGUGGUGUGUUUUGAAGGUAAGGGUGUCUUCAUGACUUGCAACUAUGAUCCUCCGGGAAAUUACAUUGGAGAAAAGCCUUAUUGAAUGUCUCUGUUUCAACAGUUUUUUUACCAUGAGUUCAUUACAUGUGUAACAUUAUGCAUGUCCUCCCGAGAGACCUUGAUUUCAAUGAUCUUCUGUUUCUAAUUUUUUUUUUCCAUUAAAAUUGAAUAAAAAUCCUUAAUUGGUCAAA